AUGGGACUACAACUCCCAAAUCCCACAGGCGCCAAGUUGAGCAAAAUAGAGACGCUCAAAUUGGCCAACGCGUAUUUAAAUUCGUUGAAAAUGAUGUUGAAUGAGAAGGAGGACACUAAGUUCCAGCCAAUGGUCACUGGACACAAAAAAAAUCAAAAUGGAGCCGACGGAGCCCAAAAGGAUAAAGCAGGAAAACGUCAAAAGUAUCGAAAUGGAGAUUUUGGAAUACCAAGAGCGGGCAGAAGUCGUAGAAUAUGGAAAUAG